GGCAUCUGAACAGAAUGGAUAUCUGGGAACAGUCUUGAGGAACGGACUGAAUGCCUAUUUCAAAGGAGACUGGAUCAUGUCUUUGAUUUAUUAUCUGAGUGCUGCAGAGAGUGGAUUUGAAGCAGCUCAGUUUAAUGUGGCGUACCUGUGUGAGCUCAACUCAAUAUUUUAUAUCUCUUUGGAUCCAGCGCUGGUGACUCAGUGCAUGUUAAGAUAUUAUAACAUGUCGAUACAGGCUCAAGAUCCGGCUCCGUACGCUUUGAUCAGAAUGGGAGAUCUGUUCUAUGGUGAACAUGCUUUGGGCACAAAAGAGGUUUUUGAUGCAGCAGAGAUGUACAAGCAAGCAGCACUCAAGAACGAACCACAGGGUUGGUAUAAUCUUGGCCUGCUUGUCCAAAAUGGAGAGUCUCUGCCGUUCGGUGUGCUUUCUGAGCUCAAUUUGCUCCACCUUCACUUGACAGACAGACAGAAGCUUCUCCACACCCUGUACCAAAGAUGUGGAGAGACCAAUAGCACUGAUGCCUACCUGCCCUGCACACUGGCACUGUUCAGCGCACACCUGCAAUCUUUACAACUACAUCAGGAUACUGCGAUAAAGCUCAUUGCCACAGUUUCGGCAGCAGUUGGAACUCUGUCUUUUUCUUUUGUAUUCGGACUAAUUAAAUGGAGGACAAUGCCACUCCACGAAACAUCCCAAACAUCUGCUUCCAACCAAACCCGAGGAGGAAUCAUAAAGAAAUCUACCACAUAA